AGCUCUGGAGGAGCAUCUGUAUCAGUGCUCAGUGUGUGACAGGCGGGCAGACGGUCGCCAUAAAUAAAAUAAAAAACCUCCAGCAGAGUGGGGGAGUGAGGUGACCGCAGGUGUCGGGUCUGGCCGGGCUGAGGCGCGAGGCGUGCCGCGGUGCCCUUGAGGAACACUCCCGACUGCCUGCCGCAGGAGAAAGAGGGGGGAAAAAGAAAAAGGAGGAGAGGUUUAAAAAGAAGCAGGAGAGCGUAUGGCCAAGAUGAGGUGAUGGAGCGUUGGAGAUGCUCUGUAAAUGACUGAGGCUGAGCGAGAGUGACGUUCAACCCGGUGGGAUCAUCCGCUGGUCUGCGGGCAAGCAGGUGUCUGUCUUCUCUGAAGUUUCAAAAUGGAGUCCACUCACCUCCUGGGCAGCUCAAAGAAGAGAGUCAAGAUCCACCCUCACACCGUCACAGCCAAAUACGCCACGCAUGCCCCAUACUCCCCUCAACCUGGAGUGCACACGCACUUCCCUCAGCCCGGGGACGAUGGCUAUGACGACGCCCCGUCUUUUGAGGACUUUGGCUCCUUCCUCGUGGAGACGUCAGACAGGAAACAGCUGACGGAGACCAGGAGGUGGCCUCUGACUCUGUUUGGUUCCAGAGACAAAGACAAGGAUACAGCCCCGAAAGCUCAGGCUGCUGUGGGAGGAGAUGGAGGUGAGGGGGCAGCCAAGACAGCAAAGGGUUCUGGGAAAGGGGUAGGGGAACAGCUGGCCAGUUUUGGGGAGGCAUCUGUGUCUGCGUCUCGGCUCACCUGGGUGGGGCUGCUGGGUGCCGCGCUGGCUCACGGCUGUCUGAUCGUCCUGACCCGCCUGGCUUCUGAACGCUUCAGCCUCGGCCCCCUCUUUCUACUCUUAGUUCGAUCCGUCGUCCAGCUCCUCUCUGUGGCUGUACCACUGCACAGGGGGGAGAACCCUUUCGGACCAGAGGGCCAUCGUCUACGUCUGCUCUGCUAUGGCAUCGCCUACUCACUUUCCCUCUGCUGCGCCUACUCAUCCCUAACCUUCGUCUCUCCCGGAAACGCUACGACGACCUGGCGCCUGGCGACUACAGCGCUGUCAGCGACCCUGGCCUUCCUGCUCCUGGAGGAGAGGCUGGGAUUGGCUGACGGGAUCACCAUAGGUGCAGGGCUGUGUGGUUUGGGGCUUCUGUUACUUCCCACAGUGGAUGAGAGCAACUCAGACCGACCAACAGACCCGGUUGUGUUCUGGAGGGGUGCUUUCGGCUGGUCUCUCUCGGCGCUUGCGGGACUGUGGAUGGCCCUGGCGCUGGUCGGGUAUCGUUCCCUGAAGGAGAGGGUGGGAGUUGGAACAGCUUUGUUCACAGUAAGCUGGACGGGCUGCCUGCUCGCCCCAGCCUCCUUGGCUCUGCUCCAGGAGGGCUGGUCCUGGCCUACGAGCACCACAGCUUGGGGCUUGGUCCUGGGCCUGGUCGCCUGCUCGGUAGCAGCCUUCCUGGGGAUGACGCACGCCCUCACACGCCUCCACCCGGCUCUGGUGUCCGCCUCUCAGAGCCUGGAGAUACCUAUCGCCAUGCUCCUGCAUCUGGCCGUGCUGCCGCUGGUUCCCACUGCGCCUGAUGUCGUCGGGAGCGUGAUGGUCAUACUGAGCGUCGGUUGGCUGGUGGCGAUGAAGCUGCUCCCCUCUCGAGGGGGCGGGCGGCGCCAAAGGGAAGAGUAUGAAGAGAUUCUGGACUCACCCAUCAAAUAGACACCUCUUCUCACCUCCACUUUCUCUCCCGCUCACUCCCUCCUCCAUGAGAUUGGUUCCAGUGUACAUAAAAGACUGCUGAAUGUUUAUUGGAGCGUUAUCUAUUUUGUAUUGUCCUCUUUGCUUUUGGGAAAGUGCCAAUAUUGUGUUGUCUGUUAUGGUGACUAUGUGAUGUGACAUUAAAAUCUCUCUGAUGACCACAAUGCA